UUUUAAUACGUGUAAAAAAAUGGUUCCUACUUAAGAGUUCAAACCUAUAACCCAUUUUUUAAGACCAUAAUAUGUAUACUUGUCCUUGGUUAGUUUAGUGUUAAUUCACUUAUUAACAUUAAUUACAGAGGUUCCUGCUGGUGUUUAAUUAGUUGUUUAAUCAUUGGCUUGUUUAUAUAUUGGAGCUAUGGCAACAUCUAAAAUAAAAUAUAAUAAAUGUAUAUAAAUUUAGUUAAGAAAGAAAAUAAUAAAUUGGAAAAGGAAGAGAAAUAAACAGAUGAAAAAAUGACAUAAAAAGAUGCUUUGUAAUUUCCAAUAUAUUUAUCUGCUUAUUUGUUUGGACUCUAUCUUUUAUUAAAGUAUUUAGAUGAAGCGAUUCUCAAAACAGCCAUAACUUUAUUCUUUUCAGCAGUAGGAGUAAUAUAAAUCAUAUAAAAAUCAAGGUCUUAUGUUUGAUGGGAAUUAUAGAAGAUGCAAUUGAAAGAUUAUUUCCAAUAGAAUAUUCUACAAAAAUAGUGAUAGAUAAAUAGAUUAAAUUAAAUUUGAUAUUAACAAGCAAAGAUAUAGACAUAAAAUUAACUAAGUUGAAUUUUAUAUCAUUAUUAAUUUCUAUGCUUCCAUUAGGUAUUUAUUUAGGAUCUAAAAAUUGGAUAUGUAACAAUUUAUUUGGGAUUGCAUUUACAGUAUCAGGAGUUGCAAAUUUUACAAUAAUACCAAAUUUCAAAGUAGAUUUAUAAAUUUAAUUAAAGAUUGCUUAUCUGAUGUUAUGGGGAUUAUUUUUUUAUGAUAUUUUUUGGGUAUAUGGAACAGAUGUAAUGGUAACAGUUGCUAAAUCUAUAGAUGCUCCAAUAAAAUUAUAAUUUCCAUUUACAGCGAUAAAUGAUGAAGGAAAUCCAUUUACAAAAUAUAGUAUAUUAGGUUUAGGGGAUAUUGUUGUUCCAGGUAUAUUUGUUGGAAUGUGUCUUAAAUAUGAUGUUGAUAGACAAAUUGAAAAAGUAAAAAAGAUUUCAGAAAUUAAAGUGACUUAUUUCUAAUGGUGUUUUGUAGGUUAUGCAAUAGGUAUUGUAACUACUUUAGCUGUUAUGAUUUUAUCAGGUCAUGCUUAACCUGCAUUGUUAUUUUUAGUUCCUGGUUGCACAUUAAGUGUCUUAAUUAAAGCUUAUCUUGAUAAAUCUCUUCUUCAAUUUUGGACUUAUGAAGCAGAUCCAGAGAAAGCUGUUACAUAGACAUCCAAUUCAGAAUCUAUUAAAAAUAAAUGAUAUAUUGUUUUUAAUAAAAAUAAUUUAUUUAAUUAUGGAC